AUGCCGUGGCGAGAUCACGUCAAGCAACUCAAAGAUGGCUUCAACUCCCUCGCCAAGGAGGUGCAGACCGGCAUAAACGAGCGAUCAGGCUCGUCACAGCCUCCACAGCAGCAAUACCACGCCAACCAUCAAUAUCCCCCGCAACCACCGGCCCCUGCCGGCGCCUCGGCAUACUGGCGACCUCGCUUCCAGCAGGACAUACCCGUCACGGUAGAGUGGGACGCGAAGCUGGGCAACGGUCCUGACGGUUGGGGCAACCAGGAGCUGCAGCAUUACACGGCGCUGCCCGAAAACACGUUUCACACGCAAAACGGCCUGCUCGUCCUGCGCGCCCUGGCCAACAGCCGUGCCCCCAACCCGGAGCAGAAGUACACCUCUGCGCGCCUCGUCAGCAGGGAGACCUUGAGCCGGGACCGUGGCGCCCUGACAGCCGUGAUCCAGUCCCCCUGUGCGCGCGGCAUCUGGCCUGCGUUCUGGCUUCUGCCCCAAGAACCCUUCUCCUGGCCGACAGACGGCGAGAUCGAUAUCGCCGAGACCUGGAAUGGCGACUGCGAAAACCACUCGUGUCUCCAUUGGGGCCACCAUCACGAACCUCAGAAGCAUCGUGUCCUGGGCACAAAGAUCCAUGAAAUGCCCAGACGUCCCGUGCGGUAUGACCUGGUGUGGGAUCAGCCUGGCGGACACCCAGGUCAGGGCCGACUGAUUUGGUUCAUCGAUGGUCGGCCGGUGAUGAAGGGGCAUAUCCCCGGGGGAACGCGCCCGAUGCGGGAUAUGACGAUCCUCCUCAACGUGGCCAUGGGCGGCAACGUUUGCCAAGGGGUGACGCCUUCUGACGGGUACUACGAUAUGGUGGUGCACAGCCUCUACGCAUCAGACGAGCCGGAGCUGGGUGGCUGGCAUGGAUUCGACCAUGCGUGGGGGAAUCCUGGAGUGCCAGAGGGUCAUGGCUAUUAG